CCCCUUUAAAAGCUGAUAGACAAAGGGUACAUCUGCAGGAGGGCUUCUGGAUGUGACAAAUCAUGUGAGAGAAUUCCAGAAGGCUUGGAGUGAAAUUAAAUGUUAAAGACAAUGUUUGGACAGUAUGACUGCAACAGUCCUUUAUUUGUGAGACACUGCAUGGCGAUAUCAUCAUGCUUCAUACGGUCGUAAUGCAUAUUGCUUGUAUGUUGCCUAAGGCAGAAGCUAUAAUGUGACUCCAGUACCAGUUUCUGCGUUUCGUAACUGCUAAACAUGUCGGAAGAGUGGAGCAUGAUUGGAAUAGAAGAAAGGAGGAUUGGUGGAUUGGAAGAGCAGAGAAGUGGUAUGAUGCAACAACAUGAUCGGAUGGCAUCACAUGAGGGGUGGGAUAGUGGAGAAAAGGAAAGGACACAUUGGCAAGGGAGAAAACGUCAGGUGACCAGAGGGAACCAUGAACCCUGGCUGAAUAAGUCUAACUCCUAUUCUGAUCCUGAUCAGAGCACUAGUUCUUCAUCAUGCAAGGACAGGCUGAGGAACAUAAAAUUCACAGAGGAGGAGAAUGAUAUACUAGUCACAAAGGUUUUGGAGAAUUACCCAAAGUUAUAUGGGGAUGAUGCAUCAAGGACAUCAAGCUUUGAAAAAAAAAGAAUCUGGCGUGGCAUUCUUGAGUCGAUAAAUCGUUUGGGUGUGAGUGUACGAAAUGUGGAUACUUGCAAGAAAAGAUUUGCAGACUGCAAACGAUUUGUCAGGUCAAAAAUGAGCAAGAAUUGGCGUCAUCCUGGAAAACGCCAGUCUGUGAGCGUUUAUUACGCAGAAUGGGAAGAGAAAAUUAAAGCAAUAAUAUGUCCACUGGUCGAGGGUAUUCCAGGACUGAUUGAUUCUGCAGAUCCGUGCACCUAUGAAUGUCCAGGUCAUUGGUCUCCUCCUGAGAAUGCUUCUCCUGAAGCUACACUGUCUCCAAUAGAAAAUGAAACACCAGAAGUACCAUUUUAUCCGGAUACACAAAUUCCUACCAAUUCGAAACCACAGACAACAAACGAAGAUUGGCCGGCUUUCAGAGAUCCGACUGCAGUCAAUGUAAAGGAGGAAGGAGGUAUCAAUGCAUUAGAGAUGCCUUCAGCUCAAGAUGGGCAAGAUCAUCAAGAACAUUUUUCAUCUAUUCCACAAUGGGGGCAAAGACAACCUGAGGUACGUGCCCUUCCUGAAAUGGACCAGCUUGUGUAUCAAAGCCAAGAGGCAUUUCGAAGAACUCUUAGACGACAGUUACAUGCUGUACGCCAAGAAAUAAGAGAAUUUAGACGUGACCAUACUGAAAGGAUGGAUCUAUUACUUACUCUGCAUCGUGAGCACAUAUUAGUGGAGGAACAGAGAAAUGAGAUUCUAUCUCAGCUGGUCAGUACCGUGAAUAAUUUAGCAACUAAACUCAGUAGUACAGAUACAUGCAAUGAAAGACAAUGUUUGCAGCCCCCCUUAGAUGAAGACUCUACAAGUAAAGGAGAAAACUCUCCCACCAAGCCAGGUACUUCUGCUCAGACCUCACCACGUUAUCCGUCCCGUCAAUCCCCAGAAGACCUAAGGAAUACCAAUAUAAACCAUAGACGAAAGAUUCUUAAUCAUGGACAGUUUUCCAGUAAAAGAAAAAAAUAAUAUUUUUAUUUUUAUACACUGGUUCUCCUUUUUUACCUCAAUU